UGCACGGUAACAGUGUUCGAACCUCGGGUACCUUUCCGUAUCAAAACAAGACCAUGUUGAAGAUCGGCCGGCUUCGACAGUUGAAGCCGCUGUGCGAACGCGCGGUCGCAGCGUUCAGCACAACAACACCAUGCAUGAAGAAGCGGAAGACUAGGGAAGAGAAGAAAAUGCCCAGGACUAUCGUACACAACGCAAAGUCAAAGUGGAAAUCCACCGACGUCGUCCAGGUAUGGAGGGGAAUGACGUUGAGGGAGCUGGCCGAGGCGUUAGGAAAAGACGUCGACCACGUACUCGAGGCGAUGACUUUCAUCGACGACACGGCCCAUUACAGAAAGGCGGACCAAGUAGUCGACAACUUCAACGUCAUUCAAGAAGUGGUGAAGAAAUCUGGGAAGAGGUGGCAGAUGAUGAAGAAAGAGCAGCCCCUGGAAGAGACGUUCGUCGAGCCGAAGAGGAGGGACCCGUCAGAGUACGUCAACUCGAAACCUAGGCCGCCAGUCGUCGCAAUCAUGGGCCACGUAGACCACGGGAAGACUACGCUCCUCGACAGCCUCAGAGACUCGAGAAUCGUGGACGGCGAGUUCGGAGGGAUCACCCAGCACAUCGGGGCGUUCGUCGUACGUCUCGGGAAGGAGGUUGUGACGUUCCUCGACACCCCGGGCCACGCGGCUUUCUGCUCGAUGCGUUCCAGGGGCGCCCAGGCCACGGAUAUCGUCGUUCUCGUCGUUGCGGCGGACGACGGCGUCAUGGAACAGACGGUCGAGUCCAUCUCGAUGGCCAGGAACGCCGAAGUACCGAUAAUCGUCGCAUUGAAUAAAAUGGACAAGCCGAAAGCCGAUCCGGAACGGGCGAAGCGUGAGCUCGUACAGCACGGCCUCCAAGUCGAGGAAUUCGGCGGCGACGUGCAAGUCGUGCCCGUUUCCGCGCUCAACGGCACCAACUUGGACGCACUGGUCGAGGCGAUCCUCGUCCAGGCGGAGCUGAUGGCCCUGAGUUCCGACUACUCCGGCCCUGUCGAAGGUGUGGUGAUCGAGUGUUCGACGGACCCUCACCGAGGGAAGCUGUGCACUGUGCUUGUCCAGUGCGGGACGCUGCGAAAAGGCGUCGUCCUCGUCGCGGGAAAGGCCUGGUGCAAAAUCCGUGCCAUGUUCGACGAGAGGGGCGAGCCGGUGCAAGAAGCGCCGCCCUCGACCCCCGUCCAGACCAUCGGCUGGCGUGCGCUCCCUUCCGCCGGCGACCUCGCCCUACAGGUCGAGACCGAAAAACGGGCCGACCAAAUCGCCUCGAAACGUUUGGAGUUGGAACAGUUCGAAAAGUCGAAACAGGACUACACCAUCAUCGAGCAGAAAGCCCAAGAACACUACAAGCAGUAUAGAGAACGCCUCGAGCAGAAGAGAAAAAUGGGCAGAUUCCGCUUGAAGCCAGACGGCCCCAGGAAGAAGGAAUUCGAAGAUGACAAGAGUUUGAAGGUAAACAUCGUCGUGAAAGCAGACGUAGACGGUUCUGUUGAAGCGAUCUUAGACGUCCUCGACACUUAUGAGAGUAAUAUGUGCAAAUUGAAUGUGGUCCACUACGGUGUUGGUCCUGUGUCAAAGAACGACAUCAUCCUUGCUGAGUUGUUCAAUGCCAUCGUCUAUGCGUUCAACACAAAAGAACUUGAAGACGCGAAAGGCAAUGUGAAAAUCAAACACCACAAUGUGAUUUACAAACUGGUUGAAGACGUGAAGGGCGAGAUAAACAGCGUCCUCCCAGAAAAGGAAGUGGAGGAGGUACUGGGAGAGGCAUCCGUCCUCCAGGAGUUCACCAUCAAUGAGGGCAAGGCAAAGGUACCGGUCGCCGGUUGCCGUUGCCAAAAAGGGAUCGUGAAGAAGUCCGCCUUUGUGAAGCUCUUGAGGGAUGGUGAGUGCAUUUACACGGGCAAGAUUGCCUCUUUGCGCCACCAUAAGGACGAAGUCGACUCUGUGAAAAAGGACCUCGAGUGCGGACUCAGGAUCGAAGAUGUAUCCAUCAAAUUCAAACCGGGCGACACUAUAGUCUGUUUCCAAAUCAACCAGAUACCUCGAACUAUAGACUGGGAUCCAGGAUUUUAAACCAUCAGUCAAAUUUUUACUUAGUAUCAUUUUAUAUUUUAUAAAUGUAUAUAACUGUAAAUAAAACCUAGCUGUUAUCGUUUGA